AUGACGUCGGAUCCCGUGGCGGAGGCGCGCUCGCUCCUGCAUCGCAUCCGCGCACUGGGUGCCGUGGAAGUGGGCAAGCCAGAGACAUGGCAUGCUUUGGAGCCAGAGGACCGCACGGCUCUGACGGGCGCAUGCAAUGCCUCAGACGCGGAACGCAUCGUGUCCCAACAAACAGGGGCGCUGCAGCAGCGCAUAUCCCAGCUUCGGGCGCAGUUUGGCGAUCAGAUGAAGAAGGCAUGGCAGGUGCCCACCGAAGUACUGAAUGAGGAAGGAUUGCCUUUUGUCGAUCCACUCGAAACGCUGCCGGACUCGCCACCACAGUCGCCGCACCGUCUCUCGGAUCCGCCGCCGCCAACAGGCAAUGUGCUUGGACGCGUGCCUGGCCGCAUUGUGCCUUUUGACCCGACACUGCAUGGCGAUGACCGGCGUGCGUGGAUGAACUCGAUCAUGGAUCAACUGGAGCAGGAAGAACAAGCCGAAGAGGCACAGCACGCACCUGCCCCGCUAUCCCUCCGUCGUGGCUUUCUGCAGCGCGAAUCGCGACCCAAGAAACAAGCUCCGCCGGCUGAGCCAGAGCGUCCUGUUAACGUUCCCCCGGGCAUGGACCCGGAGGAUGCCGGCACGUACGAGGAAGCAGCGCGUAUCGUCGAGCUUCUUGGCCCACAAGUCAUUCAAGGCCAUCCCAACGCCGAGCGUAUCUUUGCCGAGAUGGAAGCAUCCCAGCCCCACAUUGUUCAAAAGACGGAACCAGCGCCCGCUCCGUCUGCCAAGCCGCCGAUCGGUGACGUGGUCGUAGAACGUGCCGCGGACGCUCCGACCGAGCGCACGAGCUCUUCUACGCGUCGGCCCAGUGCCUUUAAGCAGCGCAUGCGCAAAGAUACCCUACCGUCGGCACCAUCUGUGUCCCAGGGCGUCUCUGCUAUUGAGCGUGCAGGUCGUGCGGAUGACGAGAUGGCCGAGCAGCGUAGGCAGCAGGGACUCCCGCCACGCGUGCCACACGCUCGUCCGACCAAGGCCUACGCUGCCAAGCUAGCACACAAAGCAGAGUCGACGGAGAUGGAUGUGGACGAGAAGCCGAAUCGGCGUGUGCGCUUUGGCGGCGAGGAAGUGUAUCCUCCGGAGGAGCCUGAGGAGCAUGAGGAGGAGGAGGAGCAUGAGGAGGAAGAAGACGGCGACUCUGACGGAGCGCCCUGGACGUCAGAAGAUGACAUGAUCUGGGACAGCGACGAGGCGUACGACUCCGACGAUCUCGAGGCCCUCAAGCCGAGCAUGGACGGUCAUCCAGACGACGCAUUCUGGACCGAGGAGCUAGCGCGCGAGUACGCCGAGGCAAAGGCGCGUCUUUCGCUUCCUGUCUCAAGGAGCACACAUGAUCAAGUGGAUGAUACAGAAGACACGUACGGCCUAGCGCCCCUAUCGUCCCAACCGCGCGUCUCGCGAUUCAAGGCAGCACGCAUGUCCGGCGAGAGCGUGCCGGAUCCUAAUGGCCAAGUGGCUGAAAUGUCGGCAAAUGAGCGCACGAUGCCCAUGAUGGUCCUGCCUUCCUUGGCGCCUGUGCGAUUUCCGCGGCCGCUGGCCGAGGAUGAUCGCGACUUGGAGGGCGAGAGCGACGAAGAUGACGAGCGACUGCAUGCUCUCAUGCGUGCGCGCAUGUCGAUGCAGGCAGCUGAAGAGCCAUCGCGAGCGCCGCAGCGCCCUCCCCAAGUAGGCCGUGCUUGA